CGGAGGAAGUAGUGGCGCGAAGUUUCGCAUUUCUCUUGGUCUUCCAGUGGGCGCCGUCGUCAACUGCGCGGACAAGACGGGAGCGAAGAAUCUGUACAUUAUUGCUGUUUAUGGCAUUAAGGGAAGGCUGAACAGGCUGGCAGCGGCUGGAUGUGGUUGUAUGGUGGUCGCUACGGUGAAGAAAGGAAAGCCGGAGUUGAGGAAGAAAGUCAUGUCGGCUGUUGUCAUACGGCAAUGAAAACCGUAUAGAAGAAAGGACGGCAUGUUUCUCUAUUUUGAAGACAAUGCAGCGGUAAUUGUCAACAAUAAAGGAGAAAUGAAAGGUUCGGGUAUCACGGGUCCAGUAGCGAAGGAAUGUGCUGAACUGUGGCCGCGUAUCACAUCGAAUACGCCUAGCAAUGCCUAAGUUGUUAUCUCAAAUAUGCGAGACUGUGAUAGAUGUGGAUAAUCGACACAAUGAGCCAUCGCAAUGCACUUGCAAGAAGACUUCAUCUGGCUUUCUGCGUCUCAGUGCUAGAGUAGUCAAGUCACAUCACAGUGUUGGCAGAUUGUGGCAUGUUCUUCUGCGUUGUGUGUCAGAUGUGGAGGAUCUUCUCCAGUCUGUUCCUGGUGUUCUUUUUUAUCGAUCCAUCUGCAGUGAGAUGUGUCCAAGUGUAAAGGAAGGUAUUCCUGUGUCUCAAGUUGUUUCACCAGCAAAUGACGAUUUCGUGAGUCGAAGGAAGCUUGAACAGAUAGCAGCAGAUAUAGGAAAGUGGUGGCCUCACCUAACAAGUAUUAUUGGUACUGACCAGUCCACAGUGUUGGAGCUGUAUGAAAAGGAUUCUAACCCCAGGUUUACUCAGGCAGCAGCACCUCGUAUAUUAAGUGAGAGACAAAUAUUAAGAAAUAACCGAUAGCAAGUAUGUGAAUUGUAUGAUGCUCUACUUGUUGCUCACAUUCCAUCUUUACCACAACGGCAUUUGAGUGAUGUCAUGUCACCCGAUGCAGCAUCUGGAUUAGCAAAAUCUAAAGAGACAGCUGCACGUGGUGAGACAAGUCGAAUUGACUCUGAGAUGGUCACUCCACUCAUCAUAGAGAAAGUAGCCGAAAAUGGUUCAGAGCGUUGGCAUGAAAUUGGUAUAUACCUUGGAAUUUCAACUUCAGUGCUGACUGAAUGUGACCAACCUCUGUACACAUUGAAACGAAAAUUACGUAAAGUUUUGUCAGCUUGGAGAGAUGAGCUACAGUUGGUCAGUUGUUGUCUACUUGUGAUAAAGCUAAAGUGGGACAAGCAGUGAGAAGAGGAUUGGACAGUGACAUACAACACUAAAUAUUUUAUUUUAUUAUAUUAACAGUUUUUGUUUAAUGAACGUGAUAUCAUAUAAUAAAGUUGAAGUUUGAAUAAAUUUGUGAUCGCAA